AUGGCAAAUUCAGCUGUUGCUUCUAUAUUUGCUAAUCUAAAUUCGGUUCUGGUUCUUAAUGGUACAAAUUUUAAGGACUGGAAAGAGAACAUGAAAAUUGUUCUUGGCUGCAUGGAUCUAGACCUUGCAUUAAGGAUUGAGAAACCCUCUUCUCUUACGAAUUCUAGCACCUCUGAACAGAGGAAACUUCAUGAGAAGUGGGAUCACUCAAAUCGCAUGAGUCUUAUGAUCAUUAAGCGCGGCAUUCCUGAGGUCUUUAGGGGUACUGUUUCAGAUGAUAUCACAAGUGCCAAAGAAUUCCUUGCUGAUAUUGAAAAGCGCUUUGCAAAAAGCGAUAAGGCGGAAACAAGUACUCUUCUUCAGAAUUUGAUUUCCAUGAAGUAUCAAGGCAAAGGAAAUAUAAGGGAAUACAUUAUGGGAAUGUCAAAUAUUGCUUCAAAAUUAAGGGCACUAAAGCUUGAGCUGUCAGAAGACUUGCUUAUUCAUUUAGUGUUGAUUUCUCUACCUUCACAGUUUAGUCAGUUUAAGAUCUCUUAUAAUUGUCAGAAGGAGAAAUGGUCUCUUAAUGAGCUCAUUUCAUACUGUGUGUAA